GACCCUUCAGUGUUGUCAGGCAAAAUAUAAGACAGCAGUAGGAGCAGAGAUCUGCAAUAGAUAAACACACAGACUAACACACACACCAGCUGGAUUGCUCGCAGACACACACCACAGGCGCAGAGAGAGACAGGGCGCUGCAGAGUUGUGGGAUCGUGGCUCUCGUUCCUCGAAUAUCUUAUUUUCAUGGGCUCAUUGUCGUCUAUCGUUUCAGUGGAAAACAGCCACUGAGAGAGGGGGCAGGUGUGCCCUUUAAGAGGGGGAGCAGCUGAGGCAAGGACAGCAUCCGAGUCUCCAUCCUCUGUGGAGGUUUUGCAGUUCAGGAGAUUGCAGGAAAGAGGUGGUCAUUCAAAGGUCUCCGGUUUUCUGUUCUCGUUCCUUCCACCUGGAAAUAAGCUGCAAUGGUUGGCAGUAUUCAAAGGCCUAAACCUGUCUGAGUGAGCCCUAUGAACAGCAGAUCCAAUGUAUAAUGGCCUUUUCACAAUGUGUGGGCCCACAGGACAUCAAAGGCCAGUGUUGGACAGACGAGGAGUCAGACGGGGAGAACGAAUCGGAACAGUUCUUGUAUGGCAUUCAGGGGAGCUGUGCUGCUGACCUGUACCGCCACCCUCAACUGGAUGCAGAUAUUGAGGCAGUAAAAGACAUCUACACUGACAGCGCUGUCUCUGUGAGGGAGUAUGGAACCAUUGAUGACGUGGACAUCGAUCUUCAUAUAAACAUCGGUUUCUUAGAUGAGGAGGUUGCGACAGCUUGGAAAGUUAUCAGAACAGAGCCCAUUAUUCUGAGACUGCGCUUUUCUCUUUCUCAGUACCUCGAUGGACCUGAACCGUCGGUGGAAGUGUUCCAGCCCUCCAAUAAAGAAGGCUUCAGCCUGGGCCUGCAGCUAAAAAAGAUCCUGAGCACGUUCACCUCCCAGCAGUGGAAGCACCUCAGUAAUGAGUUCCUCAAGGCCCAGCAGGAGAAGAGGCACAGCUGGUUCAAAGCUGGAGGAACCAUCAAGAAGUUCCGUGCCGGACUCAGCAUCUUUUCCCCCAUACCCAAGUCUCCAAGUUUUCCUCUGAUCCAAGACACGGUUUUAAAAGGGAAGCUGAGUGUCCCUGAGCUGAGAGUGACCCGCCUGAUGAACCGCUCUAUCUCAUGUACCAUGAAGAAUCCUAAAGGAGAGCUCUUCAGCUAUCCACCAAACAGCCAGACUGUGGCUGUCCCGGCGGCCAGGGCCCCAGCGCAGAUUACCACGAGGCAGCUGAUUGAAUUGUUUUUCUCAUCCCAGGCGGGCGGCCACUGCAAGAACAUCCCUACCUUGGAGUAUGGCUUCUUAGUGCAGAUAAUGAAGUACUCAGAGCAGAGGAUCCCCACGCUCAACGAGUACUGCGUGGUGUGUGACGAACAGCAUGUCUUUCAGAAUGGAUCCAUGCUGAAGCCAGCUGUGUGCACAAGGGAGCUGUGUGUGUUCUCCUUCUACACUCUGGGUGUGAUGUCCGGAGCUGCAGAGGAAGUGGCCACUGGAGCAGAGGUUGUGGACCUGCUUGUGGCUAUGUGUCGAGCUGCUCUUGAGUCUCCCCGUAAGAGCAUCAUCUUUGAGCCCUACCCAUCAGUUGUUGAUCCCAAUGACCCCAAGACACUGGCCUUCAACCCAAAGAAGAAGAAUUAUGAGAGACUGCAGAAAGCACUGGACAGCGUCAUGUCCAUUCGGGAAAUGACCCAGGGCUCAUAUCUAGAGAUCAAGAAACAGAUGGACAAACUUGACCCUCUGGCCCAUCCUUUGCUACAGUGGAUUAUUUCCAGUAACAGGUCCCAUAUUGUCAAGCUGCCUCUGAGUAGGCAACUGAAAUUCAUGCACACCUCCCACCAGUUCCUGCUGCUCAGCAGCCCCCCGGCCAAGGAGGCUCGUUUUCGCACUGCCAAGAAGCUAUACGGCAGCACCUUUGCCUUCCAUGGUUCCCAUAUAGAGAACUGGCACUCUGUUCUGAGAAAUGGACUAGUCAAUGCCUCUUAUACCAAACUGCAGCUGCAUGGGGCAGCGUAUGGAAAGGGCAUCUAUCUGAGCCCCAUCUCCAGCAUAUCUUUUGGAUACUCAGGAAUGGGGAAAGGACAGCACCGCAUGCCCACCAAAGAUGAACUGGUGCAGCGUUACAACCGAAUGAAUACCAUACCACAGAGCCGUCCAAUACAAUCGAGGUUUCUUCAGAGUCGAAAUCUGAACUGCAUCGCCCUGUGUGAAGUGAUCACAUCCAAGGAUCUGCAGAAACACGGCAACAUUUGGGUGUGUCCAGUUUCCGACCACGUCUGUACUCGCUUCUUUUUUGUGUACGAGGAUGGCCAAGUAGGAGAUGCCAACAUCAACACCCAGGAGCCUAAGGUGCAGAAGGAGAUCAUGCGUGUGAUUGGGACCCAGAUCUACUCCAGCUAAUGGAGGUUCUCCAUAUGUCUCUCUGACGGAGGCACACAGGCAGGCAGACAGCGAAUGUUUGGGCGAGCUGACCUCGGGCCUGAUACUGAAGGCUGAGGGAGCUCUUGAGCACAUUAUUCGUGAAGUUUUUUUGUUCUGGUCCUCUCAUUUUCCUCUCUCUCCUUUGUUCCUCGUCUCCAAGUGGCUACGCAUUACGUGUUCAUUUUACCAUCAGUUAGGUUUCCUGGUUAAAGUCAGUCUGCUUUUAUUAGUUUAUGUCAUCUUCCAACAGAAGCUUAACACACUGAUGAAGAAAAGAGGAACUAGUCACUAGUGUGGCUCUCCACAACCUUUCAAACCCAGGUUUGACCGGCACUUUUACUGAUCCUUUGGACUAACUAUAUUCAACUACUAUCUCCAUUUAUCCUUUCUCUUUGUGAAUAUCUAUUUAAAAAAUCAUCCCAAAUGAUAAUUAGAUCCCUUUGUGGCAAAUAAGUGAUGGAUUUACAUGCGCAUAGAAGUUUGUUCUCUCAUUGUGUUUGUAAAGGCAUUAUCUCCAAUCCAUUUAUUUAAUAUUCUUUGACUAAUGACAUGAAUUAAGGUCUGUGACAUGGUUAUCUGAGGGGCAAGCACUGCUUUGUGAUUUUGUCCUUGUCGGAUUGAGCUCCCAGAAUCCAAUAAGCGAGGUGUGGCUUUAACACAAGUUACAUACACUAUAGGCACUUUGUUUUUUGAUAACAUUAUAAAGUGUAAAAAUCCAGCAGUAUUAUGAUUUUUAUUACAGAAUUAAGUUCUGAUUGAUGAUGCACUUUCAAAAUCUCACAGCCCCCAGAUGUCAAACAGAUAAGACAUAAGAGUAACAUGGCAGGGUCAACAACAGGGGUCAUACAAUUUCCUUACAGCUCCACUUAAUGAUAUUUUUGGUAUUAACACGAAAUGAGAUUAUGCUACGUCUUUGUUUUCUGGCAAAAGGGCGGGUAUUACUGCUGACCCCACUGAGAAUCAACACUCACAUCUGAAGUUUUAUACACUUUCAGAUGCUUAAGUCCAUUGUUUCUCUGCCUGUCUGAAAAGCUAAAACAUGGUAUUGUGCUAUUACUACAUGUACUUGAAAGGUGUGAGCAGCUUGACAUUUUGAAGACAAUAAAACAUAUUUUGUCAUUAAUCAGCAGCAACGCUAAUAAGGCUUUGACUCGGUGUCUAUGUUAAAAAUGAAUGAAACAGAGCAUUAAGGCCCAGUUGCAGUGUGUUUGGGGUCUCUGCCCCUCAUUUGUCGAAAAUUGCUUAAUGGAGGUUAUAUCUGGCUAAAACUGGUACUGUAACAUAAAUACAGUAUAAUGCUGAAAUGAUACAUAUAUGAUCAUCCUCUUACUCUCACUGAAAUGAAAAAAAAACAAACAACAACAGUGGAUUGGAUUUAAUCUGUGAUUGUGUUAUAUCUGUUGACAGUGUUCAAAAAAACUACCACAAUCUGUUGCGUGUGAUCAUUUUGUUCAAGUAGUCAUCACUUUUUCUUUAAGUGGUGGAUAUCUCAUUUUCAAAUGAAUCUCUUUGUGUAUGAACUACAACCUAGAAAAUCCACUGUACAGAAUAUCAUGGACAAUUUUACCCAACUAUCUACUGACAGUAUCCAGUCCAGGUGAGUUCACAUCCUCCCUGGCACUGACUAAUGGACACUGGAUGAUACAGAUCUGCAUUAAUGUGCAAUUCUAUGGUUUCACCUUGAAGAAUGGCAACCUUGUAUAGCUAAUCAAGUUUAUCAGUUAGUCAUGUACUGUAUGUAUGUAUGUACGUGUGGGUUUGUAUUUUCUUGACAUUAUACUAGACAUUGCACUUAUUCAAUGUUUGCCUAAAUGGGAGAAGGACUGUCCUCGGACCUGCAGCAGAUGGGUAGUGGAGAGAAAGAAGAGAAAAAAAGUAUUUAUGGAGUCAGCAGGACUAAUAUCCAACAACUUAACCUUGUCUCUACUGAGCUUUCAGUGUCUCCUGGAACUAAAAAUUCUGACUACUGAAUGGACUUCGAAGCACUGAAAGAGAGUGCAUUGUACAUAAGGACAUUGGAGACCUCGAUGAAAUGUAUUGAAAGAAGUUGACAUGUACAGCUUACUCAUUGUGUUGCGGGACUGUGCUAAUAACUGAUGCCUGUUUUUGCCAAGAGGUUUGAGCUGUGAGUCUCUUUGAGAGUCUAUUCUCUGGCUGUCUGUCUCUGGUGAGUAAUGUUUUCAAUGAUGAUGUUGACGACAAUGAUGGUGAUUAUGAAGAUGAUGAAAGGCGACAAUGCAGAAAAAGAAAAAAAGAAUAAAGCCUGAUUUUGCACAGUUUUA